AUGUUCUACAUGCCUCAUGGACUAACAAUCGAUGCCCACGGCAAUAUUUGGGUUACUGACGUUGGAAGUCAUCAAGUCCACAAACUUGACAAGGACUUUAAAUUGAUUAUGAGUUUGGGAGAGAAACUUGUUCCAGGGGCAGAUGACAAACAUUUUUGCAAACCUACAGACGUUGCUAUUGCCAGUACAGGAGAGUUCUUCGUGGCAGAUGGUUACUGUAAUAGUCGAAUAAUGAAGUUUGACAAGGAUGGGAAAUUGCUCAGUCAAUUUGGGAAGCCUGACUCCAGUGAAACACCCAAAAAUGGAGAAUUCCUUGUACCACACUCUCUAACCCUAAUUGAGGAUCUCAACUUACUCUGUGUUGCUGACCGUGAAAAUGAACGUAUUCAAUGCUUUUCUGCUGGAUUAGAAGGCGCUCAACACCAACAUAGACGUGCUUACGUCCCCACCGGCACUUUCUUCACAAAGGCUGAAAAUAUUGGUCGAGUCUUUGCUAUCCGAGAGAAAGGCAAAAUUUUUGUUCUUUUUGAAUCGGGUCCAGCGGUGCGCGUUUUACAACACUUCCUCGUCGGCGUCACCAAUCAAGAUCAAGGCAGUCAAUUAGAAUCCCAAGUUUUCGUAAUGGAUAUGAACACAGGAAGGGCUAAUAGCUUUGCUAAGGGCCUCGAAAAUGCCCAUGCCCUUGCAAUCAGCGAUAAUGGAGAUAUUUAUGUUUCACAAAUAGAACCUAACCAAAUUGUAAAAUUUAGUAUUUCGACAAACGAAAAUUGA